AUGUUUCUUUGGGAUUGGUUUACUGGUGUUCUGGGAUAUUUAGGUGAGUAAAUAUUUUAUUAUUAAUAUUUUUUGUUGCCCAAUUCUUAUGUAACCAAAGAAAAUGUUAUUGUUAUAAAGUUUUAUCAAAUAUAUACAGGUGUUUUAUAUAAAUUCCAAGGUUCAUGAUUAUAUAAUAUGUAUUCAAUAAAACUCAAUUAAGUACUUGGAUACAUUUUGUUAUCAUUAAAUUAGAUUUUUUGUAUAAAGAAAACUUUUUAAAUAAAUAAAUACUGUAAAACCAUUUAACACGUGUUCAAACAAUUUAUUGCUGAUCUUGUACAAAAUGUAAUUACCUUAGUAUAGUCUUUAUAUGAAUAUUAUACAAAUUAUAUUUAAUAUAAUUUUUCUAAUAAAUAUUUAUUAUUCAUUACUUAAUCAAUAUUAUCCAUUAUUUUAUUUUUGGUUUUUGUAAAUAUCUAUUUACUGAAAGGAAAUUUUAUAAAAAAAAUAAUUUCAUUCUAUAAUGUAUUUUUGUAUGUUUUACCAUGAGUUCAAAAACAUUCAUACUUAUUAGUUAUUUAACAAUUUUACAACUUAUACAAAUAUUAGAUUUAAUGUGUUAAAAUAAUUAAGACAAUUAUUAUCAAAAUCUUAUAUAUUUUUUAAAUAUAUAAAUAAAAAAUUCUCAUAUUUCCCUACCAUUUUUGUGUACAUGAGUUUACUAAAAUAAAAAAAAUGUAUUAUGAUAACUUAACACUGAUAUAAAUGUAGUAGUAUAGUACCUAUAUGUAUAUUUUUAGAUUGGCAUAUAUAUAAAAAAUUUAAUUAAUUAUAAUUUUGAACUUUUGACUGUCUAUAGGAUUAUGGAAAAAAUCAGGGAAAUUACUAUUCCUAGGAUUAGACAAUGCUGGAAAAACAACACUUCUACAUAUGCUGAAAGAUGAUCGUUUGGCACAACACACUCCAACAUUGCAUCCAAGUAUGACAUUGUUUUGCAAAUAUAGUUAUUAAAUUUUAUAUGUGAUGUAUAAAUAUUCUAUGAAUUAUUUUAUAGCAUCCGAAGAAUUAUCUGUUGGCAAUAUAAAGUUCACAACAUUUGAUUUGGGUGGCCAUUCUCAAGCAAGAAAAGUAUGGAAAGAUUAUUUUCCUGCUAUAGAUGCAAUUGUAUUUUUGAUAGAUGCUUGUGAUAAAUCCAGAAUUUCGGAGAGUAAAGCAGAACUAGAUUCAUUAUUGUUAGAUGAAUCCUUGUCUAACUGUCCCGUACUCGUACUUGGUAAUAAAAUUGAUAGACAAGGCGCACUGAGUGAACCAGAAUUAAGAGCUUAUUUCGCAUUGAACCAAACAACUGGAAAAGUAUGCUAACCAUAUUUUUAUUUUCUUAUUACUUAAUUCUUAAAUACCUAUUACCUAUAUUUAAUAUAUUGAAGUAUUCAAUACUUAUAUGAUUAUGUGUAUCAUAAUAAAAUGUAUUUAUAAUUAUAAAUUAAAAAUCACUGAUAACAACUUAACUUUUUUAAAUUUUAAAUGUAUUUACUUUUUUAAAGUAUAGACAUUUUACUUUUUUACUUCUACCCAAACUAAUUAGUUACAUAAUAAUAAAAUAAAAGUAGCUAAAAGGUAGGGUAUUGUAGCUAUUUUCACUUAUUUUAACUUUUUAUAAUAAUCCUUUUUUGGUCUUCUUUGAUAAUAAUGAAUGGGUGAGUUUUAUAGGUUCCAACACUAUUUACACACCAUUUUGUAUGUUGUGUUACAUUAAUAGUUAAGUUUUUAAUGGUAGAUUUUUUUCAAUUAAAAGUGGUUUUGGGGGAAAGAGUUGAUUUAAAAUAAAGGCUGAUAAUCUUCAUUAAUCUCUAUCUAAAGUUGCAAAAGCAAUUACUAUGUUAAAAUCUCUAGAAGUUGUAUACUUUUGAAAAGAUAGAAGCCUUUCAUCCCCAGUUGUACUCAUUUAGGGUAAAAUUUUGAAAAAUCCUAAUACUCUUGUUUCUUAGUUUCUAAUCUAAAAGCCAAAUACUAAUUUGUAUGAAUUUAAUUAAAAAAUAGCAGAUUUUAAUACAAAUUUUCAUUCGCCAUUUUAUCCCCAUAUGGGUAGAAUCUUCGAAAAUAUUUAUUUAGUAAAUGACUGUGGUAUAAAAAGUACCUAUCUACUGUAAACAUUUCAAGUUUCUAACCCUUAUCAUUAUAGGCUGUGCGUUGAUUCUCUCUCUCUCAGUUGGGACAAAGACUUCUACAUACCUAAGAUAACUUUAUAUAAUAUAUAUUCUAACUUCCCAACUUUCAACAUUGAUGUUCAACUUUUUUUUUUGUAUUAUUAAUAUUAAUUUUAAACGAUUUAAUAUUGGGAAUGUUAUUAUUAUUUUAAUUUUAGGCUAGAGUACCAAGACACGAGCUUCCGGGUCGUCCAUUAGAAGUGUUUAUGUGUUCUGUAUUGAAACGUCAUGGUUAUGGAGAAGGGUUCCGAUGGCUGGCACAAUAUAUUGAUUAA